AUAACAGGAAAUGUACAUGUUCAAAUAGUUCUUGUCGAUAUAUAAAUGCAUAUAUUAAACACGUGUCUUCAUAAUUUAUAUACAUAUAAAAAAAGUUUAGUGUUUUACUCAUACAUCUGUGUAUUAACUUUGGACUGGUAUAAUCAAUUAUAUUAUUCUGACUAGAAGAAAACUAAAUGUCAACAUUCAAUUAUUGAAAUAUAUAUAUUAAAGCAACUAUAAAACAAUUAUUAAAGUUUUUCUUAUAACUUUACUAAAUAUCAGUCUUUGAUUUAUCAAACAAACGUAACAUAACAAUAUUCGAGAAUAUUAAAUAUGGUCAUUUUAGUUCGAUUUUGCAAACAGAUUUUGUUUAACCGUCGUGCUUUACGAAACUAAAAUACUAAAAUUUAAAAUUAUUGUUUCUUAUGACGUAAUCUGGUGACGUCACGAUCGAUUGCAUACACAUACACAACUGUUGUACGAUUUUAGUUGCGGUUGUAUUUGGUUGUGUCAGCACGUUGAAUUGUAUAUAUAAUCUCGUUCAGCAAAGACAACAAUUGUGCGAAUUGCUAAACAGCAAGCGAGCGUGAUUAUUAUCGCUAGAUCCAACAAAGUAGCUUCAGUUACAGACGUUAUAGUUGGUUACAGUUAGUAAACAAAGCGACAACUUGAUGGUAUGUUCUGCUAAACGUCCUUGAUGAAUGGAUGUUUACAGUGAAUACGGGAAUAAUAAAUUUGUAAGAUUUCUGGAAACAUCUCGCAAUUAGUAAUUUCCGUACGCUGCUAACAAAGAACCAUGUUCCUGUCAAAGAUACCGCUUCUUCUUAAAAAUGCUACCGUUGGUGUCGUGCAAUAUGAAUCAGGAUGUUCAGGUGUCCUCGUGCGUGAAUCUCUACGAAAUAACACAUCCUCCAUGAAAUAUUUCCUGUCGACACAAAAGCAGCAGAACGAGCAGCAACAGGAUUCAGCAAGCAAUCAGUCUUCACUUUUGACAAGCACGAGUACGCCGGAUAAGCUGUAUAAAAAGAUUGAGAUUGAAGUCAGGGGGAACGAUCCAGCUGUAUUGAAGAGCUAUGGAGAAUUUGCAACGAUAGCUGCGAAUCAUUUAAACAUCAACAUGGGUAGAAACAUGGCACCACGUAAAGCUAUCCACGAACGGUGGACGGUGCUAAAGUCAGCUCACGUUCAUAAAAAGCAUCGUGUUCAGUAUGAAUUUAGGACUUACUAUCGCUAUCUAGACUUUUUAAAGUUGACCGGAUCAACAGCAGAUACUUUUCUAGAAUAUCUUCAACGAAAUUUGCCAGAAGGAGUGGCAAUGAAAGUAACCAAGGUAGAGAUGGAGAAGUUUUCCGAGAGUAUAGCUGCAAUGUGUAACACAUAGUUAUAACGUGUAAAUAUAAAUAAUUGUUCAUACAAUCCAUACUGUAGAUAAUUUAUCGAUAUAAAUGGAUUAAAGAAAAUA